AUGAAAAAAGUGUGUAAGGCACAUUGGGAAUUUAGCAAAAGAUAACACACUGAAACACAUUCACACACGCACACGACACUAGCUCAGAGGCGAUAAAACGUAGUCCUCACAGAAUAAUUGCAAAAGCGGUAGCCGCCACAACAACACUAUCUUCUCUCUCUCUUUCUCUCUUUUUCUUUCUCUCAGGGUCGCUCUAACAUGGACGACUCCGCCGCAUUAAAACCAGAGCCGCCUCGGACGCCGACGCCGACGCCGACGUCGUCAUCUCUACGACGCAGGCACUCGAUCUCUACGUCGGUGGUGGUCCCCACGAAGCUCUCACUCCUCUCCAGCACCAAAACCACCCUUCACGGCUCCAACAGCCUCCCACAUCAAAACGGCGUGGCGCCACCGCAGCUGGACUUGGACCUGCUCUCCACUACCCUAAAGUCCUCUCAGGCAUACACCUCCCUCAAAGACCUCCUUCCCGCCUCCGCCGCCGGAAUCGGGUCCCCCACCGCCGCCCCCGGGCACGAGAUCUCGAUCCGCAACCGCCUGGUCAAACAGGCCGCCUGGGCCUACCUCCAGCCUAUGUCCUCCUCCCCUGGCUCCUCCGGUCCAACUCACUUCCUCCGCCGCCUAUGCCUCCGCCUCUCCUCCUGCCUCGCCUACCUCACCCAACUCCUCCAUCGGAUCCUCCACACCUUUCGGGUCACCGUGAGCAGAUAACGACGAGC